GACAAAUGUUGAGAUAAAACAAAAAAACAAGUUAGGCGGCAACAUACCUAUGUCUUUACUGCUGAUAAUGACCGCCACCUAGGGUGGUCGGUAACGAAUGACUGUGUAGCGAAUUAAGUAUCCGAAACUGAAUCAUGGGCGCCGUGCUAGGUAGAGUUCUCGUUCACUGUGUCGCGGGUGCAGCGCGCUUCGCCACUGCCCGAAAAGUUGUCACGAAGAACGAGAAAGAAACACUGCAUGCGGAGGAAGGUGUUGUCGAUCUCUUGGGCGGAUUACUAGACGAUCAGGUGUAUCAGGAAGCGCUGAACAUGUUAGCCGAAGACGUCCCAAUGCCGGACGAGACAGCAGCGUUGAAGGCUGCGGCGGACGAGAUAAAUGCGGCUGCCACACAUGACCAUCGACCUCUGAUCGAUCUUACUGAUGGCAUCACCGGCGAGGAGCUGCAAACGGCACUCGGUGUUGAUAACGAUGAGGACGCAGCGCACGAGUUGGCGGACUAAUUCCAAGAGCACUGGCUGGCCGCGAAAACGGGCGAUAAUGGCGCAUUCGACAGUACGGAGGGCUUCUUAGACGGCCAGGAGUAUUACGGCAUCGGAGACGGCGACAUGCCCAUCCUGGAAGCGGAAUGGCACGGGGGCGCGGAUGUGUUCGACCACGCUGAUAAGAACGGCGACGGGAAGAUCGAGGGGGAGGACGAGCUGUUUGCCUUGCAGGAGGAGCAGCUCGGCCUGGACUCCAGACAGCCGUUGCAAAUCGGCAUUGACGGUCUCUCCGGAGCACAGAAAGACGCACUGCACCUUGGGGCGGAGGAGCAAACCCCAGACGAGGCCAAGGCUCUGCUGAAAGCGGCAGCGAUAGAUUUGAACAUCGACGUCAGCGACGGGAUUACUUCCGAGGAGUUGAAGCAAGCACUGCACACCGAAUCCGAAAGUGAUAUGGGACUCUCAAACGUUACAUUCUCAACUGUAGUUACAUGAAUUUGUCAUGCAAAAGCACCCUAAGCCGGCAGAUGAUCAAGCUGCUUCGCAUGACAAAUUUCGGAAGGGCUAAACAGCAUCUAAAUCUGCGGCAAACUUGUAAUGCAAAGGGCGCAAUCUUCCUCCUUUCACUUUUGCCAGUCUUGCAUUACAACAGUUGAGAAUGUAACAUUUGAGAACUCCAUAAGUGAAGCCGCAAAACUGUUCGCCGAGCACGUGCAGGCCCGGUGGCUGGACGAGACCGCGGGUGCGGAUGAGGUGUUCGGGACCUCCACGGGUACUAGCGGCGUUGACGAGCAUGCCGCUAUUGGGGACGGUCAUGAUCCGAUCGAGAAGACCGAGUGGCACGGGGGAGACGAGGUCUUCGCAGCCGCGGACACGGACAACGACGGAACAAUAGCCGGCGAGGGUGAACUGGCCCAACUUCGGUACAAGCAGCAAAUGAACCAGAUGGGACUCGACGUUUCCAAACCUUUUCCGGUACCCGGCACCUCGGAGUACGACGCCCUAUCGGACGACCAAAAGGAUGCGCUGAAAACCACAGCGAAAAGCAUGUUCCCCGACACCGGCGAGGAAGCUACGAGCGGCGAGGACAAAAUAGCCAAACUGGCAAACGUUUUUCAACCGGGGAGCGGCGGGGCAGGGAGAAGCGCAGCUGGUACGGUGCAGCUGUACACAGACAACAUUUUUGCGGAGCUCCGGGCCCACGACGGGGGCAAUCCCGCGCGGUUUUCCCUAUCCGCCAAAGACGUGGAGGAGCUUGGGGACGGCAAGCUGCCGCUCACGGUAGCGGAGCUCCCGGGCGAACACCGGGACAGCGAGGGGACGGCCACACUGUACGAAAUUUUCAAAUCUCAGGACAAGGACGGCAACGGACAGCUGGAUGCGGAAGAGAUGUAUUGGAAGGACGGAGCGCCUCCAGCUGAAGCAGCUGGUAGCCCGGGUCCCCUGGCGGUGGUGAAAGAGGAGGUAGAAAAGGAGCCGGUCCAGGUCGCCGCAACUGCCGCAGGGGCAGGGCUCGCAGGUGUCGCGGCACCGCGACUGCGCGCAGUCGUCGCGGCACGCCGAAAGCAGAAGCGGGCAGACGCCGAGUCGGGAUCCGAGGAGCAAGAAGACGAAAAGGCGGGAGGGAAGAGUCAAAAGCCGAAAAAGGCGCCAGCAUGGGGCAAGUACGACUUGAACAACGACAAUUCUCCACCAAGAACACCCAUCGAAGACACUUCUACUACGGAGGAGAUUGCCCCUCCGGUGGACGAGCAGCAAACCACGGGCAUGAUCGCAGCCGAGGAACAGACGCAGCAGACUGCAGCACCGCCAACGGCUCCGGCAGAGGAGGUCGCAGAAAAUGCUGCUGUCAAUGAAGAUGAAGAUGAAGCUGCACCACGACCCCCCGAAGCAGAAGCCACUGCGGUGGCCGAACAAGAGGAGGAACAAGUUGUAGUCGUUCCCGAAGCAGCUCCAACCGAUGCCGCGGCCGACGAGAGGACUACCGGCGAGGACGAGCAGGGCGACGAGGCUUCCUCCACGCACCACAAACACAAGAAGAAGAAGAAGACGGAUCAUGACCACCACGUCAAAAAUGAUGAGCGCAGUAAAAAAUCCAAUUCGGAUAAAAACCAAAACAAAAAGGAAGGCGGUGGUACUCAGGUAUCAGCAGGCGGAGCGCAGACACGAACAAACAGCAAUGUGGUCUCGCCGGCCCAAAAACAUGAACACUCGCAUUCGCACCACACGAGCCGACACAAGGGGAGUUCGUUCCUCGAAGAGGAGGACAAUGAAGCUGUUGGCGGCCGCAGUGCGACCUCCAUCUCAUCCACCAGUCCCAUGGCUGCUUCACGCUCUUCUUUUGCGAGUAAUGUAGUGGAGGAGCAAGUGGAAGUUCUGCCCGGAGCCGCUACGCCGGGGAACGAGAACAGUUUCUCGGCUUCGUUCCUUCAGCUGGGAAAUGAUAUCGCGAGAAAAGAGUGUUUACGCCUAUACAUUGUUGUGUUGUGGGACCACGAGCAAAACAGAUAACGUUCAGCUUGCGGGCCUCGUUUAAUGCAUGCUUUUUUGUAUGAUCUUCUUUAUUGUGCAGGACAAGCCUACUUAUGAUCGUGAUGCGAAAUUGUGCAACUACGAGUUUGUCUUUGUAUGUAACACUUUUUUCCUCGGAUAGGGGAGCCACUACCAGGUUCCUCGCGGACUUCCGCUUCUGCGACGGGAAGGAGUAUUCCAGAAUACGACAGUUGGAUUGCUCGUGCACCCAAAAGACCGUCGACUACUGUAAAAAGCAACCCGGAAGAAGAAGAAGAAGUACCCCCACCAGGGCGGCCACAAGCAGCUGCAAGCGAGAAUCAUGAGAAACAAGCCGUCCAACAGAACGCACAAAAAACGAAUCUGCGAGGCGGGAGAUAUGACAACAGCAUCAGCAUCCUCGAGCUUCUUUCUUCUGACGUAACGCGACCGGUUUUGAUGCUGUUGGGAAUGCUGCUGGUUUUGUUGUGCCUACCGAAAAUUUGUCUACUCUGUAAAAAGUUGUAAAACCAAACUAAAGCAUAUAGCGGCGGCAGAAGCUUAUUUUUGCGAAAAUUAAAAAAAAUAUUGGGUGGCUUUAUCGUGGGCCCCGCAGCCCAGCCGAAUCAUCACGCUUCUGGACUCAGGACGGCGUAAGACCCACGCCAGCGCAACGCUUACCCAGUUUGCUCUGCCGUGCUGCCGCAAAGUCAAACACAUCACACCACCGCAGAACCCCUAGCAGAAGGCGCGAAAGGUCACGUCAACUUUAACGUCCGCGCACGCUAGAGCGGGCAUCGUGGGCAGGGAGCCGGGCCCGUCGUUGACCCCUAGACGGGCCAAUCCCGCCAGGUCUGCGCCGCUCCGAAUUUGGUCGGGGCAGGCGGAGGCCCGGCAGGCGCGGCCGAAUCUGGCCAACCCAAAGGCACGGCGUGAUGUGGAAUGGGCGAGCGCCUUGCGCCGCACCAGAUGCCCCGGGGCCAUGCUCCUGCGCCCCGGUCAGGCGGCAUCAUCGGCCGCAAUGCCCAUCCCUGAUUGCCCGGCGAGGAGCCGCAACACCCCUCGGCCGCCGCCCACGACCCCUGCUCGGCUGACCACAAUUCUCCAACCGCGCGACACUCGCUCUUUUCGAGCAGCCCCAUUCCUGCAAAGCGGGCGGAGACGUGGCUCCAUCCCAGCCAAGGCGCCUGCGGUUUGGUUACACCUCCCAAGCCGCCCCCUAGCGCGCUUCCGCCAAGUCGCGGGAUUCCUUGCAAGAAUUACCCGGCGGCAUUUCGGAUACCAAUUUCGCGGAAAACAACCGCCCGCCGACACUGCCAGCACGUUUGGAGGCCAGAGUACAAGCGCCGCCGCGCUGGGCAACACAGCGGGGCACCCGGGCCCCCCUUUUUGCAGGUGGGGAACUGAUCAGACGGCCCGCGUAAGGGGGGCCCGACCGCGGCGCGCCGUGCUCUAGUGGCCCCAGCCCGGGCGGGCUACAACCUGAAAAGCCCCCUCGGCCGACCGCCGUGCCUUGGGCCGAUUUCCUGAAAAAUAUACGGCGGAAAGGAUUAGGCCUGGCUCCGCCGCCCCACUGCUUUCCUGGCCCGAGCCGAAAUCCACAGCGCUUGCGCAGUAGGUAGGGCGCAGAGGUGCGCGGCGCCCGGGGCCCUUUUAGAGGAUGCCAAAAACACCAGGACCGCCACGGCCGCCUUACUCUUUCGGCGCGCCGCCCUGCCAACAUUGCGAAGCCGGCCGGCUGGCAAUGCAGGGCGGACGCGGACCAAUUUCCAGGGGAAAACACUACCGGCAUGCUGUGGGCCGUGCUUGUUGUCGCUGUUUUCCUUCGGCCAGACCGAGGGGCGCAUGGCGCCAAAACCAGAAGCCAACGCGCUUGGGGCGCCAGGACCGCCGGCGCUCUUGCUUGCCGGGGCAAUCGGAGCCAAGCUCCCGGGCAGCUGCGCAGCCCCGCGGCCGCUCCGGGGCGCAUGUGGGGCGCGUGCUGCGUGACCGCCCUUGCCGCAACUGGUUUUCCACUUCGGGGCCCCCCCGGGCCCCGCGGACGGGGGUGCCCGGAUAGGGUCUCCAAAAGUGGCCCUAAGCAAGAGCGACCCCGCAUGCUACGGGCCCACUUUGGGGGGGUGCCUCUUUAGCCUACCCCGGCAGGUGUUCCCGGUUGCCCGGCUCACAUUUCCGUUGGGGAGCCUCCCAACCGAAGCUCCGUCGAGGCGACAAGCGUGCCACCCGGGUUCGGGGUGCUCGGCGCGCGCCGUUCCACGAAACCCUUGCCCAUUUAAGGCGGCCAGCUUCCGGGCUGUCGGAAGAGGGGGCCCAACAAGUUCUGCUCAGGUUGCUCCCCCUCCUCUCGCCGCCGGCGCAUGCUCGGGUGGGGGAGGGGUUUUCGCCCGUUUGGUGCGACCGGGGCCCUGCCGCUUCCCCGGGUUUCCGCGGGCGGGCGGGCUAGGGACGCGCCUCGGAGAUAACACGCAGAAGGGGUGGGCGGCCGUUUCUUUGCGGUCGCGCGCUCCCUUCCUUGGCCGUGGGUGCGCAUCUGCGUCGCCCUGUCCUUGGCCCUCGUUGAAGGUGCCCGACUGGGCGUAGUCGGUAGGACUGGUCGGGCGGGUAGUGUUCGGCCACGUGCUUUGUCCCGAUCCGAGUAUGGCGCGGCAAAAAGGAAAGGGACGGGGCUGGCGGCGCUUUUGGCGAUCAAUGAAGCCCUUCUGGCCUGGCUUACUCUGCGAACCCCCACUGCCCUUGCGGGGCAUAACGCACGCAGGAGGGGCAGUCCGCUUUGUGCCGUUUCAUGCCCCUCCAAAAGAGGCAAAGGCCCCGCGCUUUGGGGGUGCGCUGGGCGGCGGACAUUCGGUCGGGCCAAUCGCUUGCCACGCCCCCUCCAGGGGCCGGGGCGGGAGUGACACAGCCGCAGCGACCAAGAGUUUCCGCCCCUCCAGCCCGGAGUUUGGUUGUGGUACUCCGGCGGCAGGCGCUCUUGCUCCCAGGUUUCAAAACGGGCGCGGUUUUUGGCCGCCGCACGUUUCCGGGGCUUUUUUCAUGUUCUCCAGCCGGUGCGGUGACCCUUUCGCGGCCCCUCUGAAACCCCGGCGCGCCAGCGAUCGCCCCUCCAAGGGCCAGCCACCAGAGCUGGUAGAAAAGCAGCAAGAGCCGCCGGGCGACGCUUCAGAAAGGGCUGCGGGAGGCAAAAAGCGCACCCUCCUAGCAGCCCGGGGCGCGUUGUUAUUUUCCCGCGGCCAUUAAGCGAGGCCUUUUCACAAGCCUGGCACGGAAAUGCUUCUCCUCGCCACAUCUCCCCGGCCCAUCCUGCUGCCCGGCGCGCUGCCAAAACACACACGCGAAGCCACUGGCAAGCAUGCCACCAGGGCCCGCUUGCCGGCGGCCCCACUACUAUCGGCGCAGGCCUCGGCGGGGCAUCGAGCUAGAGCCAGGGCCCGCGAGUGCAGUGCACUUCGUAAGGUUCAGCCCCCCAGCCCUAUCAUUUAUGUCAACCAGGCGCCCGACCUUCUUUUUCUCCGAUCAAUUCCAACCGCGGCUGCACAGGCGCCGCAGCCGAGCACGCUCGACACACGUGGCGGUGGUGGUGCUCUCCGCGGCCAGUAUCUAUGACACCCAAUGUUUUUUUUAAUUUUCCAAAAAAUAAGCUUCUGCCGCCACUAUAAAGCAACGAAAAUGAAAUGUAUACAAGAUAAACAGGUAUGCGUAAACUAUACCCUAUUUGAACACGGUGGAGCGAUGAAUUGCAAUUUUGCGAAGGACUCGAAUUUUAUUCCCCGAAGGAUUGUAAAUGACCAAAUAAACGCUUGUAAAAAUUGACUUUUGAUCGUACCUACAAAAUGAAGUGAAGACCCUCGGAUAGAGGGAGCUCUUUGAUGGCAAAAAGAUCGACGCUUCGUGCCUGUUAUUUGUGGAUGUUUCGAUUCCGGUAUCCACACGCGUGUACAUCUUCUACAUCAUGCGAGUUCCUCAUGGCGA